AUGACCACCAUGGACCCCGCGACAUCCAAUGCCCCGGAGAUGACCUUCACUGUGCUGGGCGUUCUCGACGCCGCAUUACAUUCCAGCAACGUCGCGGGCGCCGUGCCACACAUCGCGCACGAUGUAGUGCGAAAACACACUGCGAUCAACGGGCUAUAUAUUGGCUUGGAAGACUAUAUGCCUCUCAUUCUUGGCCCGCGGCGAGUCCCUCCCAUCGCGUGCCCGGCCGCGAAUACCGAGACUUCGAUUGCUAUCCUGACCUCCGUUGGAUUCGGCCAGUUGACAGGAACGCAUUAUAUUGAGGCAGCCCGGGCGCUCAAGCCCGAUAUCGUAAUCGGCCUAGCAGACCUGAUAAUCGGCCGACCGCCAGGUGUCAAGAGGCGGUCGAAAAUGGUAGACCGCACGCAUGCGUAUACACAGGAUACCUUGGAACGGCUAUACGGCGAUUCGCUGGCGGAGUCAGAGAAAGCGAGUGCGUUGUUCUUUGCACCUAUCCUUCCACUGGAUAAUACCCAGCAGAGCCUGUACUUGGAAGACUUAGAGGGCGAAUUCCGGCAUCGACUGUUCGGCCUUGCGCUCUACGAAUCAGCCUCCUUGAGCUUAGUCCCGGAGGGUCUGGGCAGCUUACCGCGUCUGCUCCUAAGUGAACCUUCUAGUCCCCAGGACCUGCUGCGCGAGAUAUCCCUCGGCGCCGAUCUGCUAGCUGCUCCGUUUGUGGACGCCGCCUCGGAUUCUGGCAUUGCGCUUGAUUUCUCUUUCCCCGCGCCCAGCUCGGCACAGCACAAUGCAGCGCAGCCGCUUCAUCUUGGAUUUGAUUUAUGGUCUUCUGUGCAUACCAUAGAUACAUCGCCGCUGCGCGAGGGCUGUGCAUGCUAUGCGUGCAAGCACCACCACCGCGCAUACUUCCACCAUCUUUUGUCUGCUAAGGAGAUGUCUGCGUGGGCCCUUCUCCAAAUCCAUAAUCACCAUAUCAUCGACUUGUUCUUCGCUGGCGUAAGAGAUAGUAUCCAGCGCGGCUCUUUCGAGGAGGAUGUUGAGAUUUUCAACCGUGCCUACGCCUCCAAGAUCCCUGAUCGGACUGGCCAGGGCCCUAGGCUGCGUGGCUACCAGCUCCCUGCGUCAGCAGCUCACCAGCCUCCGCGCAACCCAAAGGCAUACGGUCGUCUUGACGAUGUUGUUCAAAAGCUCGCGGAAUCUGAAUCCUCUGUUGCGACGCCCGACACCGAUUCAGAAGGGCUUGAGAAGCAUGGUUUCGCCGAAAAGGCAUGA